AAGAAGUGUUGGAGAACGAUCGGCCACCAUCCACCUCCGAUGCAUGCUCUAUUAAUUCCACUCUCUUCUCCAUUCAAUUGCAUCGUCUCCUCUUCUUAAUUCCACAUCUUCCCUUCCCAGUAAACAGACCAAUGGCUCAAAUGCCCUUGCUGCUCACGUGCCUCCUCUACUUCACCGGAUGCCAGGAGGGUCCCUAUUACUCCUCGCCGAACGACGGCGACUCGGUCGCCGACAUCGUGACAAAGAGCUUCUUCGACGACAUCGUUGACCAGGCUCACAGCGGCUGCGCCGGCAGGGAAUUCUACUCGCGCAACGCUUUUCUGACCGCCGCCGUUUACUACCCCGACUUCGGCGGCACCGGAUCUGCCGAUGACGCCCGGCGCGAGAUCGCCGCUUUCUUCGCCCACGUCACUCAUGAGACUGGACAUUUCUGCUACAUCGAAGAGAUCGACGGCGCAUCGCUUGACUACUGCGACACGAGCCGCACUGACUGGCCGUGCGUCUCUGGCCACGGCUACUACGGCCGCGGCCCCCUCCAACUGAGCUGGAACUACAACUACGGCGCCGCCGGCCAGGCGAUCGGCUUCGACGGCCUCGGCGCACCGGAAAUGGUGGCCGACGACGACGUCAUCUCCUUCAGGACUGCCCUAUGGUACUGGAUGAACAACUGCCACUCCCGCAUCAUCUCCGGCGAAGGAUUCGGCUCCACCAUCCGCGCGAUCAACAGCAUCGAGUGCGACGGCGGGAAUACGCCCGCCGUCAACGCUCGGGUCCGCUUCUACACGGAUUACUGCAGCCAGUUUGGGGUUGACCCCGGGAAUAACCUCUGUUGUUGAGAGAUUGAAUAAUGAAGUACGAUUGGAAUAAAUGAUCGGGCGGAGAUUUAGUAAUCGUGUAACAAGCAACAAAAGAUUUUGGAUAGUCUUGAUCAUAACCCUUUUACUAAAUCCAUUCUUUAGGUUUCAAGUA